CUGCUCGCACAGUGCUUCCGGUGGGGAAUGUUGUGGGUGCCGCGGCCAUGGCGGAGCUGACAGACGCGGAGCUUCGGAAGGAGCUGAUGGCGCUCGGCUACCGGCCGGGGCCCAUCACCGGCACCACCCGCAAGGUCUACGUUAAGAAGCUGGGCUGCCUGCGGGCCGAGGUGGCGGCGGCCAGGCGCAGGGGCCCCGGCGCGCCCCCGAGCCCGGCCCGCGCCCCCGCCAGGCCGCAGCAGGCCUCGCCUUCGCGGCAGCGCUCCGAUUUCAGCUCCCUCGUCGGGGCCGUCCGCGACAGUGAGGAGGAGGAUGAGGAUGAUGAGGAGGAUGAGGAAGAGGAGGAAGGGGGGCAGCUGCCUGCGUCCCACUGGGGGGCGUCUGGGGAAGGUGGCGGGCUGUCCUGGGGGGACUCCCGGGGGUCCCCACCGGGCCGGGGCGGAGGGCUCGGCGCCAGGGCUGAGGGGGGCCUGUCCCGGGACGGCUUUGGGGGGCUGAGCUCCUCGGCGCAGUGGGGGGCGUCUGUAGAGAGAAGUGGGGGGGCCGGGCUGGGGUCAUCCCUGCGUGGGCUUGGGGGGCUGAGCACCUCCUCCCAGUGGGACACGUCUGUAGAGAGAAGUGGGGGGCUUGGGACUGGGUUUGGGGAGCUGAGCCCCUCGUCCCAGUGGGACACGUCUAUAGAGAGAAGUGGGGGGCUUGGGGCUGGGUCAAAGCCAUCCCUCGAUAGGUCUGGGGUGCUGAGCCCCACGUCCCAAUGGGACACGACUGCAGAGAGAGGCAGGGGGCUCAGCACUGGGCUGGGGGCGUCCCUGGAUGGGUAUCGGGGGACAAGCUCAACGUCCCAAUGGAACACGUUUACAGAGAGAAGUGAGGAGCUCAGUGCUGGGUCAGGGCCAUCUCUGGAUGGGUUUCGGGGCUCGGGCUCCUCGUUGCAAUGGGGCACGUCAGCAGAGAGAAGUGGGGGGCUCAGCGCUGGGUUGAGGUCGUCCCUGGACAGGUUUCGGGGGUUGACCUCCACAUCCCAGUGGGGCACGUCUGCAGAGAGGAGUGGGGGGCUUGAUAUCAGGGCUGGGUCAGGGACAUCCCUGGAUGGGGUUGGGGGGCUGAGCUCCACAUCCCCCUGGGGUGCCUCUACAGGCAGGAGCGGGGCGCUCAGCUCCAAACCCCUUUCCAGCGAUGAGAGUGGGGUUCUGAAGUCCAGGAGCCAUUGGGGCAUGUCGGGAGGAGGAAUUGGGGGACAGAGCUCCCGAGCUCAGUGGGAGACAGCAGGUGAGAGGAGGGGGCUCUCUUCUAACAGCUCAUGGAGGCAGGAAAGCGAGGUGACACCCAGCACCCACUGGGGCACCUCGAUGGGACCUGGGGGGUUGAGUCACCAGUUUGGGAGAGGGAAAGAGGACUUGGCUUCCAGUGUUCGGAAGGAGGCAGACAUGGGGCUGAACCCCAGCAGCCGGGGAGGGGGGUUGAUCAGGCGGUUCCCAUGGAGGGCUGCAAGCAAUUCAGGGCUGGCCUCGGGGAGCCGGUGGGAAGCAUCGGGAGCAGGACAGGGAAUAACCUCCCGCACUCACUUGUUGCGGUCAGCCCCCAAGCAGCAGAUGGAAGGAAAGGGUAAAGGCCUCGAAUACUACCUCUCCCAGUUCCUUUGCCUCGCCAGCUUUGUGCUGCUCCUGAUUUUUCUGGGCAUCCUCACGGUGAAGAUGAUUGGGUCAGGCUGGCUUGACAGGAGAGAGAACUUUAAUCUCUUGCCUGUGGAUUGUGACAAAAGAACGGAUGAUUUCUGUCAAGCUAAACAGAAGGACAUAAUAAUGAACAUGCUGCACGAGUUGUAUAACUACUUGUCCAUACAAGCUGGUAAUUUUGAAUGUGGAAACCCUGAGAAUCUAAAAAGCAAAUGCAUUUUGGUUAGUGAAGCGAAGGAUCACGUGGUGAAUGUAACUGGUAGUCCCCCACAAAAGUUUGAUGCUGCCUUGCACUGGAUACUGAACAGCAACAAGGAUUUGGGAAUAUGGUUGAAAGGCAGAGACCUUUCGGAACCGGUUACCACAGUGGAGGAAGUGUUCUGUCUUGAAUCGGCCCAUCCUCAGAUGGGACUCGGCUGCCGUUUCCGUCGGGCAGUGGUCACUACCAUUAUGAACCUUUUCCUGUUUUUCUGGAGCCUGAUAACUCUCUGGGGGAUCCUGAUCUUCCUUCGGUAUCGCUGGCGGAAGAUGGAGGAAGAGGAACAAGCCAUGUAUGAAAUGGUGAAGAAGAUCAUAGCUGUUGUCCAGGACCACUAUAAGGAAUGGGAACGGAAUUUGGAACGUUACCCCUAUGUCGGCAUUUUCCAUGUUCGGGACAGCCUCAUCCCUCCUCAGAGCAGAAAAAAAAUGAAGCGGAUCUGGGAGAAAGCUGUGGACUUUCUGGCUUCAAAUGAGUCGCGGAUUCAGACGGAGUCGCACAGAGUAGCAGGAGAAGAUAUGCUUGUGUGGAGGUGGACUCAGCCUUCUUAUGUCUCGGAUUCAGAGCACUGAAGAGGAGCAGAAGUUGAGCAACUGUUGAUAUGGACCUCUGCAAGGGGACAGUCCUUCCUCUGGUGGUGGGAAAGAGCAGGUCACGGUCCUAUUCUCCUAGGGCUGGGGAUUGCACGUAUCUGUUUGCUCUUCUUUCUGAAAAUCUUCACACACAAAAAUUCAGGGCAAUAAUGUUGGCUUGGAAAGAUGAUGGGCUUGAGCUGGUGGGAAGCUAGAACUGCACCAAAGUUAGCCUUCCAGCAGAUAUCUGGCUUCCAUGGGCAAGCAAACCGGAAACAACUUUUUUAAAAAGACAAAAAAAGCAUAGCAAAUAUCGAGGGACUUAGGAUCUCUCUGUCAAAGGUUAAGUGGGUUUUUUUUAAAAUCUGACCUCAAUCCUGCAAAGGCCAACUGGUGGUGAUGUCCAUCAGGGAACGUGGUUAAAGAAGAUUAACAUUUCCCAUGGAAACAUUAGGGUGGCAGUUAAGAUGCAUUUUGUUACAAUUUGUUUUUAUCAGUACAAAGGCAGCGAUGAAAGCACUUGCUGCUUCCUAACGAGGAAAAUGUUUGUGUCAGCUUCACCCUUUAAAAAUGGGGAAGAGGGGGGAAAAGUCUGGUGAAGGUAGUCCUAGAGGGAGGGCAGUCUGACGUGCCUUGGUGGUUUGGGCUGGCUUGGGUGGGAUGGAAGCGUGGUUGUAACCCUGUUAUACUUUUUAAGUCUGCAGUCUGUGUGCUUUAUGAUUUCUGGGGGGUGGGGGGGAAUUUGCGUGGAAAAUAAAGGAUAUAGGAAGCUUCCAAAAGCUCUUUCUUGUGGCUACAGCCAAAGGGACUGCUUCAGGGGCUAUUAGAGAGCAGCCUUGGGAAGGCUAUUAGGGCUGACUGUACAUGUUUAUCCUGGGCAGCUGCAAUGUGUGUGCCGUGUGUCAGAGCAGAGAUGUACCGUGCGUGGAGUGUCAGCACAGGGAUUGCCAAGUCAAUGUUCCUGCAGCCUCACGAUAGGUAAAAGGAGCAGCGAUCAAUCCUCUGUUCAUGCUGCAGGCAUCAUAUUUUGUAUCUAUAAUCAUUUGGUUACUUAAGUUUCUUUUUAUGUCCAGCAGACAAGUGUUUGUUUCAAAGAAAAUAGCACCAGUGUGUGGCAGUUUAGGCUAGGCAGAGAUACUGCUAAUCUGCUCUUCCCAAUGUGGUUGAACAGCUGUCCAGCUCGCCACUAAGGCAGCAGGGACCAAAGUCAUUCCUGGCAUAAGCUAGUGAAACCCGCAGAGAGAAGCCAGCGUUGAUCUGAACCCGUGUAACCAGUGGAUGUCACUCUCCUUGGUAUCACGGGUACAGUGCGAAUGCUUGCGUUCGCCUCUGACGCCCGAUGCACAGAGAGCUUCCCCUCCAGGCUCCGGGGUGCCUUGGGGCGGCUGCCGAAGCCCGGCUCCCCGCUUUGCAGGCUGGCGAUGCCACGUGCAAAGCGGGGCUUCGUGCCACUCCCAGCUCGCCUCCUGGUAUGACAUCUGCGCGUCUCUGCCCCGCUGCUGCCUUCGGUGGGGUUUUCCACCCUGGCACCCCGCAGGCUGCUGCGGAAGGGCUGCAGAGGCUCCUUACGCUCCUCCUGCUCGUGGUCAUCAGCUGAGUGAAGAGAGCACGUUCCUCCAGGAACAAAACACGGGGAGGUCUUUCCCAUUAAAUGGGAGAUAUCCUGCGUGGAGUUGACUCUUACCCCAUAUUUUCGGUUGCAAAGGUAGGGUUGUACAGACGAGGAAACUCGACAGCUCUCUUCCAGACAACGACCGGCUUCUUCCACUGUUAAUAAAAUAGGGGCUAAAGCCAAGACAGCCUUGUUUCCUUUAAAAUGUUGUAACAAGAUCAUUAGUGCUGCCACAGAAAUUUUUGCAAACACCGGUGCUUACAUUCUUAAGCCUUUUUAAAAUCUUUGUGGGGUUUGGGUUAGCUUUUUUUUUAACCAUCCAAAUCCAGAAGUGAAGAGUCAGACAUUGCAGUCAUCUUUUUGUAUUAAACUUGGUUUUGUAGAAUAAAUUUCACUCGCUUGGUGCUGUUUAUCAUAUGUCCAAUUUAACUCUGUAAAUCAAUAUAUAAAAUAAAUUUAUUACAAAUAA